CAAUUUCUUCCAUGAGAAAUUGUCUGAAAACAUUGUGAAAAAUUGAGUUGAGUUGCUUUCUUCAAUCAAAUGGCAUCUAGGAGAAUUCUCAAGGAGUUCAGGGAAUUGCAGAGAGACCCUCCUACUUCCUGCAGUGCAGGUCCGGUGGCACAAGAUAUGUUUCACUGGCAAGCAACUAUAAUUGGGCCAAAUGAGAGCCCAUAUGCAGGGGGCGUUUUCCAAGUUACUAUCCAUUUCCCCCCUGAUUAUCCUUUUAAACCUCCAAAGGUUGCCUUCAGGACAAAAGUUUUUCAUCCAAACGUCAAUAAUAAUGGUAAUAUUUGCUUGGAUAUUUUAAAGGAGCAGUGGAGUCCCGCUCUCACCAUAUCAAAGGUUUUACUUUCGAUAUGUUCACUGUUGACGGACCCGAACCCAGAUGAUCCAUUGGUUCCAGAAAUUGCUCACAUGUAUAAAACUGAUCGAGCCAAGUAUGAAUCAAUGGCUCGGAGCUGGACCCAAAAGUAUGCUAUGUGUUGAAAUCAAGUUUAUUAUUUUUGUUCAACUAAUUAAUUCCUAAAUUAUCGAGUGUCAAAAUAUAAAAUUUUAGAGUGGCUAUGCUCUUUAAUGUUGCAUAGUUUAUGUUUUAAUAAAUGCAUCGAACGUUAUUUAGAAAAUCUGUGCUCAUAUGGGAAAUGGAUCGUUCUAUUUGAGUGAGAUUUUGAAAAGAGUUGCAAUAUGUGUAGUAUUCGCUUCAUUUCCCCUUUGAAAAUGACAAGAUGAUUGUUGA